GCUGUUGCUGUUGGUGACGUCGCAACGCUCGCUGUGGGCCAUUUGUUGUGUUGUGUGCCUCAAUUUUCAAUUUCUUUUUCAGUCUUCGAAGUCGUCGUCUCUGUGUUGUGGAUUUUGCUCUCGUGGUCGGACGUGUUUGCGGUUUAUUUCGUUCUCGUUCGUUGCCAAAAAAAUAAAAUAUUUCAUAGCCAUAGACAAUUUUCAGUUUUCAAAUCCAACAUUGUUAGUAGAGCUGCUGCGCUGCGGUUGGCUAAUAAUAUUUUGAAAUUUCGAUAUUUCAAACAACAACAAAAAACUAACGAACGCACACAGUAGGGGAAUAAACACUACAACGCACACACAAAACAGUACGCCAUGGAUCCCGAAGCCUUUUUAGAUAUGGCCAAUCAGGUCAUUAAAUUGAAAAUGUUUCCAUAUUUCGAUAUUGCCCACAGUUUAUUAGCCGCCCUAGCAGUACGUGAAGAUUUGGGCUCCAAUGCGCAGGCCUUUUCGCGCAAACACCCCCUGGCCUGUUGGUUGUCGACAAUGUUGGUUAUAUUCUCCGGCGGUAUGGUGGCCAAUGCUUUAUUGGGCGAACCCAUACUGUCGCCUCUGAAGAAUACCCCACAACUUUUGGUCGGAACUGCUGUUUGGUACUUGGUCUUCUAUACUCCCUUCGAUAUUGGUUAUAAAAUUGGCAAAUUCUUACCCAUAAAAGUGGUGGCCAGUGCCAUGAAGGAAAUCUAUCGUGCCAAGAAAGUCUAUGAUGGUGUCACCCAUGCUGCCAAAUUGUAUCCCAAUGCCUGGAUAAUCAUGAUUAUUAUUGGUACCCUAAAGGGUAAUGGAGCUGGUUUCACAAAAUUAUUGGAACGUUUGAUCCGCGGUGCCUGGACACCAACUGCCAUGGAAUUUAUGCAGCCAUCAUUCUACACCAAAGCUUCCCUCUUGGCUUCCAUUAUCUUUGUCUUGGACAAGAAAACCGAUUGGAUUUCCGCACCACAUGCUUUGGUCUAUUUCGGCAUUGUUAUAUUUUUGGUCUACUUCAAGUUGUCUUCGAUUCUGUUGGGCAUUCAUGAUCCCUUCUUGCCGUUCGAGAAUUUGUGUUGUGCCAUCUUCUUUGGUGGCAUCUGGGAUAGUUUGGCCAAGAUUUUGGGACGUGGCCAGGCCAAAGAAGGCGAGGGAAAAGAUGCUAAAAAGAGCAAUUAAAAGACUUACUAAGAUAAUAAAAAUAACACAAACAACAUGAAAAGUAAAGAGUAACGAGAAAAAAGAAAAAAAACGAUAACGACAAAUUUGAAGAAAUGUGGAAAAAAAGAAAACAUUUUUUUUUAUUUUGUAAAGCCUGCAGCCCAAAUCUUUUUUUUUUUUUUUGGAAAACAAACGAAAACGAAAUGCAACACACAUACACACAAAGAGACCUAAGAUAUACAUAUAUAUACACCAGAAAAGAAUAUGAUUUUAUUAUUUUUUUUUUUUUAAUAUUUAAUUUUAAUCGACAUUUUUCUAGUCAUCAUGUUUGCAUUGUCAAGUCGCCCUUGUCAUCCGGGAACCUUAAACAGUGGGUGUUUUAAGUCCUGGCAUAAUGACGGUGACUUGAUUUAUUUUAGAAUUUAUGUUUUUUUUUUUUUUUUAAAUACUGUGCCUAAAUUUCAUAUAUCCUUAUAUUUUCACCAUUACUUGUCAAGUCGGUUUAUUCAAGAUGCAGACAAUUUCAAACGAAUCUGUUUCUUCUUUUACAAUUUACGACACCAAUUUUCUUCUUCUUAUAAUUUAAGAUUUUUUUAAGUUGUAACACUUCUCUAAUACUAUUCUCAACAGCAGCUACAUUUAAACAAAAAUAUUCAUAUCAAAUAUGUAUUCAAAUCAAAACAAAAAAAAAAUUGAAAAAAACUUGUAACUAAAAAUCAAAGAAAAUUUUCAAAUUUCUUCCCAAAAUUCUGUUUAGAUUCUAAGAGAAUUUUUUCUUAUUUUUUACAAGAAAGAACAAA